AUGAUCAAAGUUGGAGAUACUAUUCCCGAUGGAGUCCUUCAGUAUGUUCCUUUUGACCCAAAGGAAGAACUGGCAGCCUGUCCUCGACCUCUCGCUUUCAAGGUCCAUGAAAAACUCAAGGGUAAAAAGGUUGUUCUGUUUGCCAUCCCAGGUCCAUUUACGCCUGCUUGUUCAGAAGAGCAUGUGCCUGGAUUUCUGAAUGCACACGAUGCUCUAAAGUCAAAGGGUGUUAGUGAAAUUGUAUGCCUUUCGGUAGCAGAUGGGUUUGUCAUGAAUGCGUUUGGAAAGGUCAGUCAGACAAAGGACAAGAUUAUUAUGGCAGGAGAUGGCAGUGCUGUAUUCAGUCAAGCUCUUGGCUUAACUCAGGAUCUGUCCAAGAACGGAAUGGGUACUCGAUCAAAGAGGUUUGCUAUCGUUGUAGACGACCUGGUGGUCAAGUACAUCGGGGUUGAGACCAAGCCUGGCGUUACCUCUUCUGGUGCAGAAGCAGUGCUAGCAAAGCUGUAA